AUGGCUCUCAAAAGAGAUGGGUGUCCAGGGCGUGAUGGGGAGGAGGAGGUAUAACUAAAGGAUGACAGCCCCUUCCCUCCGUGAGGAAGAAGUUUGGUGACUCUUAUUCGACAUCCAUCUGAGUUAAUGAACGUUCCUCUUCAUCAACAACAAAACAAAUGCACAGCGUUAGUGAAAAACAAGACCGCCGCCGCCGCCACGACUCUGCAGCUCACCUACCCCCUGUUCACUGCGAAUGCCUGCUCCUCUGGAGGGGGCACCAGCCUCUCUCAGACUCAGAGUUCUAAUAACUCCUGUUCUAUACUUGAGGCUGCCAAACAUCAGGAUAUUGGAUUGCCGAGAGCAUUUUCUUUCUGUUAUCAACAAGAAAUUGAAUCCACAAAGCAGACUUUAGGUAGUAGAAACAAAGCUUUGCCUGAGCAGGUUUGGAUUAAAGUGGGAGAAGAAGCGCUGUGCAAACAAGCGAUAAAUAAGAGGAAUCGGAGUAGGAUACGUCAGUUGGACACCAGUGUGGAGCGAAGAGCCCUUGGAGAGAUUCAGAAUGUGGGUGAAGGUGCCACCACCGCCCCGGGCUCCUGGCAGUCUGCAGAGUCAUCACAGUCUCAUCUUGGGGAGCAGUCCCAGAGCGCCCCGGGCGGAAGGUCACAGCGCAGGGAAAGGCACAACCGCAUGGAGAGGGACAGAAGGCGCAGAAUCCGCAUUUGCUGUGAUGAGUUGAAUCUUUUGGUCCCGUUCUGCAACGCCGAGACAGAUAAGGCCACGACCCUGCAGUGGACCACUGCGUUCCUAAAGUACAUUCAGGAGCGCCAUGGAGAUUCUCUUAAGAAGGUAUUUACCCCAAAGAAUUGAAAACAGGAACCCAAAUGGAUACUUGUAUGAAAAUGUUCACAACAGCAUCAUUCACAACGGGCAAAAUGUGCUCUAUCCACACAAAGCACUGUUACUCAGCCAUAAAAAUGAAGGAAGUCCUAACAACUGCAACAUGGAGGGACCUGGAGGACAUAUAAGUAACAUCAGCCAGUCACAGAAGGACAAGUCCUGUGAUUCCACUUACAUGAGGGCCUAGAGGAGUCACAUUCACAGAGACAGAGGUAGAUGCUGGGGCUGGGGGGUGAGUGUUUAAUGGGGGCAGAGUGUCAGUUUGGCAUCUUGGAAAUAGAUGGAGGGGAUGGUAACACAACAGUGCGAAUGUGCUUAAUGGCAGUGAAUUGUACACUUACAAAUGGUUAAAAUGGUAAACUUCCUGCUGUAUAUAUUUUACCACAAUAAAAAAUAUAUAAACCCAGAUUUAAUGAAGAAUGCUGUACUUUAAAAAAAAAAAAGACGUAUGGAAAUGUAUAUGGUUAUACAACAGUGUGGAUAUAUUUCAUGCAUCUGAGUCACACACUUACAAAUGGUUAGAACGGUGAAGUUCCUGCUAAAUAUAUUUUACCACAGUAAAACAACAAAUGCAAAUGUGGUUGCUUUUAAACCAUAAGAGGGUCUUAGAGUCUGACCAGGUAUUGUGAGAAGCUGUUGGAAAAUUAAAUAAAAGUAAAUGUCAGUGUAACUUAUGAGAAAAGUGUUUAAAUCCCUAUUUUUAUC